AUGACUCUGGGAGUUCAAAAAACAAUCCAAAAAACCAGUGCAGGCGAGGCUAAAGUGGCCCAUGAUCCUGCACCUGCCAGACUUCCCGAUAACUUUACAGUGGACAAGGAUGCUCGCUACACGGGCUCAGUCAUCGAGUUCAACAAAUGGAGAGGUUUUGGCCACAUUGCGGUGGAUCAAAAGGGUGUUGUGCCUGGCGACAAGGUCUUCGUGCACUGGAAAAAUAUUCAAUCAGAUGACCGGUUUCCUCGCUUACAGCAAGGAUUGCAGGUUGAGUUUGGGCUUAUGAUCACCAAUGACUGGAAGGGAUGGAACAGAGUGAGAUGUUUGAAAGCCAAGACUUUGACUCUUCCUGGUGGAGGCAUGGUGAACAUCCAAGACGCCAUGGACGCUGAAAGCAUGCAGUUUGUUGGAGCGCAAAACUUCCGCUACACGGGGACUGUAAAGUUCUUUGACCAGUUCCGUGGGUUUGGUUGGGUCACCUUAGAUGAGGGCUUUGCAAUGGAGGACCCUGUGCCCAAGGAAAUCAAGGUUGAUGCUGUUGAGCUGAACACUGGUGGAAAGCCCUUAAGAAUGAGAAUCGACAAGCUAGCGAUUGAGUUUGGGAUCAUCAAGGGCAAGAACGGGGACUACAUGGCAUACAAUGUCACCUUGCCAGGUGGCACGCCCAUCACGCAGGAAGCCAUGGAGCAUCGGCAAGAGGAGGGAAGUCAGAGGUUUACUGGUACCAUCCAGUGGUGGCACCGGUGGCAAGGAUGGGGCCACAUCCUACCAGAUCCUGGCACGACCUUCCCGGAAGCCGUGCAGAAGAAGCUAGAUGAGACUGCCUCACAAGCUGCAAAGGCAAAGUCUGAGGAGAAGGGGAAAGAGAAGUUGCUGUACUUCAGAAAGGCCGACUGCGAAUGGAACCUACGGACAGAAAUUGGGAAGAAGGUGACGUAUGCAGUGUACCUGGAUGACAAGGGCGCAGGUGCCAAGGAUGUGGCACCUGACGGGCAGGAGCUGGGUGAAGCACAGGAAUUCACAGGAUUAGUCCCGGAGAAGGACGAAAACACUCUGAGCCAAAGCCAUUGCAGUGACGGAGUUGAAGAAGACGGUGUUCGCUGGGACGUGGUGAGAUCAGAUCUCUGCCACGCUUUGGGGGAGGUGAUCCACAAUGGCGCUUUGUCGCGGGACCUGCAUGCAGCCAAGGACUCCAAAGGUCGCGACCCUGCCGUGUCCUAUGGAGAUGUUCAGCUGCAGCGCCAUUUGGAACGUUUCCAGAAACUGGUCCUGGUCCUCCCUGAACGGAGCAGGUGUCCUUUGGGAAGGCAUUGCCUGAGAAUCUUGGUGUCUGUCUUGUACUCUGGCUUGCCCUGGGAUGCCUGGUUCCAGCGCUACGAGGAAGAUCUGUGGGGCCUCGUCCACGGCACAAACUGGACAGAGGCAUUGUCCGGCGGCUGGCCAGUCUUUGAAGUGCUCUUUCUGGUGGCAGAUCUCUACGGAGGUGAACAACUUCCAGAAGAUUGUCGCAGCGUGGAGUCCAAACUACGGGCCUUGGAGAAGCUCAUUGGCGAUCCAGAGAUCAUGACGGGGUGCUGCUCCAGAGUGUAA